AUGCCUUCCGAACACACGACUAACUCUGCUACCGAGCGCAUGAAGCGAUUCUUGGAGGACAAGGAUUGGAAGUUUUAUUGUGCUGUUGCCGCUGGUGUUGCCGCUGCAGGUGCUGGUGCUUACUACCUCUCCUCUUCUGGCAGCGACAAGAAGAAGCCCAAGCAGCAUAAACGCGAAAUGAAAAAGGAGGGCUCUGCUUCUUCCCCUGCUGCUACCGAGACCAAGAAGGAAAAGGAACCUGCCACUGCUGAAAAGGCUGCUGCUGCCGUUAGCGAGGAGCAAUAUGAGGAAAUGUCGGAUGAAGCCAUUGAAGCAUUGAGCCAAGAGAAACGUGCCGAGGCUGCUCAGACCCUCAAAGCCAAAGGAAACAGCUUGUUCACUAGCAAGAAUUACGAAGAAGCCGUUCGUUUGUAUACUCAAGCUAUCCGCUUCAAGGCCGACUCUAUUUUCUUCGCCAACCGUGCCGCUUGCUUUGCUAACCUUGGCAAGCAUGACAAUGUGAUUGAAGACUGCAACGCUGCUCUUAAGCUCGACCCUGUCUACGUCAAGGCUCUCAAUCGACGUGCUUUGGCUUUUGAAAAGAAGGGUGAAUUCGUCAACUCGCUCUAUGAUUACACUUGCGUUUGUAUCUUGGAUGGCUUCCGAAAUGAAAAUGCUGCCAAGGCAAUGGAACGUAUGUUACAACGCGUCUCCCAAGAUAAGGCUCAGGAAAUCAUGAAGUCCAAGAAGCCUCGUCUUCCUUCUUCCACUUUUGUGAAUGCCUACUUUGAGUCUUUCCGCCCUGUCAACUUGGAGCUUCCUGCCAACGUGGAUGAAUCAAGUGGUGAUGGUUACUUUGUCAAGGCAUACAAUGCUGUCAAGGAAAAGAACUUUACUGAAGCCUUGGAAGCUUGCGAGAAGGCCAUUGAGCUCGGCUGCUCAUCUCAGUAUCAAGCCUAUGCCUACAACCUUCGUGGCACGUUUGACUUUUUGAAGGGCGACAACAAGGGUGCUUUGGAAGCUUUGGACAAGUCGAUUGAGCUCGAUUCCAAGUUGGUGCAAAGCUACAUUAAGCGCUCGAGCUUGUACAUGGAACAAAGUGAUAUUACCAAUGCCUUCAAGCAAUUUGACGAUGCACUUGCCAUCAACCCAAGCGAUCCUGAUGUUUAUUAUCACCGUGGUCAAGUGAACUACAUCAGUGGCAACUUUGACGCUGCUGCUAAGGAUUAUACUGAAAGCUUGAAGCUUGAUGACUCCUUUGUCUUUGCUCACAUUCAAUUGGGUGUUGUACAAUAUAAGCUUGGAUCCAUCUCAUCGGCCAUGUCGACCUUCAACAAUACACUCAAGAAAUUCCCCCAAUCUGCCGAUGUCCAAAACUACUAUGGUGAACUCUUGGUUGAUCAACAAAAGAUCUCUGAAGCCAUUGAAGCAUUCAGCAAAGCAAUUGAAUUGGAUGCCAAGAACCCACUCCCCUACAUCAACAAGGCCAUGCUUAUGUACCAAGCCAUGGGUGAUGCUACUGAAGCUACCAACCUUUGCAAAAAGGCAUUGGAAUUCGACCCUGCAUGUGAUGCAGCUGUUGCCUCGCUUGCUCAAAUUCUCUUGGAACUUGGCAAGGCUGAAGAAGCACUUGGCUACUAUGAGAUGGCUAUUGGUUUGGCACGGACACAACCUGAACUCGAGCAUGCUAUUUCGUAUGUUGAAGCUACCAAGGCUCAAAUCAGGUUCGCACAAGAAUAUCCUGAAGCUGCUGCCAAGUUGCGAGCUGGUCGUGGUGGAAUGUGA